GGAACUCCAAUGGCCGCCAUUCCCUAGUCGUCGCUCAAAACAUACAGCUGCGGUGUGUCCGCUUUCUGAAAACAGUGCUAAGUAAUUGAAACAAAACAGUAGUGUCGUGAGAUUCUGUGGAUUUGUUUACAAUCAUCUCACCAUGGUGAGGUAAAACAUCACUCAUUUACCCGACCCGUUGCCAACUACGAUUCAAUACUCAAGACCUGCCAAGUAGACGAGAUGAACGACUUUGGAAUGGACGCUGAUAGCAACAGUUGGGGCUCGGAUUAUGGCGAGGACUUUGGAUCGGAUAUUUCAGAUGGUGAAUAUCAGCCGAACGGCGCCGCCACUGCCUCCAGCAGCGCUCAACACCACCAAGCGAGUUCAACAGCCACCUCCCGGGUUGCUACGAAAACCAAAGGAGGUGCUCAAGCCAGAAAAAUGGUGAACCGCGGGAGAUGGACCAAGGACGAAGAUGAAAAACUUAAAGGAGUUGUGGAACGCACCGGUGAAAUUUGGGAGAACGUAGCCUCCUUCUUUGAAGAUCGAUCGGACGUUCAAUGCCAACACCGAUGGACAAAAGUCGUCAAUCCUCAGCUGGUUAAGGGACCUUGGACCAAAGAGGAGGACGACUUGGUGGUCCAACUUGUACAUCGCUAUGGUCCAAAGAAGUGGACGCAGAUUGCUAAGCAUCUGAAUGGCCGGAUAGGUAAACAAUGUCGAGAACGAUGGCACAACCAUCUCGAUCCUAACAUCAACAAGUCACCCUGGACGGAGGAAGAAGACCGGCUGCUAGCCAAUGCUCAUGAACAAUACGGAAAUCAAUGGGCCAAGAUCGCCAAACUUCUACCUGGAAGAACGGAUAAUGCCAUCAAGAAUCACUGGAACUCGGCUAUGAAAAAGCGCUAUGAAACAGAUGGUUCAAGCAUCAUUGACACAGGGAAACGACGUGGCCGGAAGCGAGUUCGUCCUGCAGUGGAUGAUCACCAACAGCAUCCUCACCCUCUUGCUUCGACUCCGAUGCCAUUUGAACAAUCUUGCUCUGCGGAAUAUGGUUCGGAACAUCCGUCACCCAUGUUUGAGCAUCAGAUGAUGUCAAGGCCGUGCAGUCAAAACAGUCGUAUGUCGGUAGAGUUGGUACCAAACAACUUUAAUCCAUCACCGGCAUAUCGAGCCCAGAAUUCACACAUGGGCAUGUCACAGCCUAAGCAAAGUUGCUUUGAUACUUACAAUGGGGCCAGCUUGUCAAACAACAUUGGUGGCAGUGUCGGCGGCCAUUCAAGAGCCCCCUCUGUUUCCUCGCCUGAAGACUUUUCCGAUAUCUUUUCCCCUCUCAAGUACGUCAUGGGUGAAUUGAGCAGCCCGGAAAGUCUGAGCCCCAAUCGCUUGAAUCAAGCUCUGAUCAGUGAGACCCUAUCGGAGUUUCCACAUUUUGAAUUCGUCUCUACCAACACGUCCGAACAGCCAGCUGUCGGCACCGCUGACAACGCACACAAACCAGAUGAUGUGAUUGACGUCUAUGAGACAAACAAACAAGGAAAUGCUACAAAGAACAACGAGAGCACGUCGUCAGAAAACAACACAUCUACUGUCAGUUUGAAACAAGGCACUCCUCCUAUAUUGAGAAGAGGCAAGAGCCGAAGAGUGAGAGCCGACUCAAGCGGAUAUGAUGGAACAUCUGAGUGGAUGGGAACUUCUAACGAAGAGGCUGUUCCCGCCGAUUUGGACCUCCGCUCAGAUUGCGCAAGUUUGAACAAACCAUUCCAGGAAAUGCACUUUACUCCGCGUAAGAACGCCCAUACGCCGAUGAAAACCCUACCCUUCAGUCCUUCCCAGUUUUUGAGCAAUUCUGUGUCAAUCCACACGGAAGCCAUCAUGUCAACGCCUGUUUGUGCCUCAGCGCCCAAACCAUCUGCGCUCUUGACCCCAGUGACCCGUGGAGGAUGCGUUAUUGCUGAUUAUGUUGCACUACGAACUCCACUUCGUGGAAAUCAAGAACUCAUCACUCGAACCCCCACUCCUUUCAAAGACGCUUUGGCAGAAAUGGAGAAAAAGGGUGGACCUAUCAACUAUAUUUUAAAUACUCCUACGCGGUUUGACGACUUGAACGAUAUUAUCGGCAAGGACACCGACCCUUCCGAUUCAGCUUUACAUACGCCUGUUCAGAAUUUACAUCAAGAUAGCGGCUACAUGACAGAUAGGAGGCAAACCACAAGUGGUGGUAGCUCUGCACCCUGUGUGUCUGCUUCUACUAAACCUAAUAACAAAGAGAACAUUCCUGGAAACACAGUUUUAACCUCAAAUGGUCCCGCUCCAAAGUCUCCAAAUCGUAGAGCUCGCAAAGCACUGCAUGCCACUUGGAGCACUCCUGGAAAUAUCCAGGUGCCCGGAAUUGGCUGCGAUUCUAUUAGUUUCUUACCUGAAACCCCUAGUAAAUCCUUGAUAGGUGAUUCGUCUGUCUUAUUUUCUCCCCCCUCCAUCAUACGCGAAACUCUUCCGGAAACUCAAGAUGGUGACGACGCUUUCGGACAUCCACCACACCGUCCCAACAGCAGCAUCGAAAGCACUGGUUCUCGCAGUCCAUCAGAGAAGGUGGACGUGAGAUGGGAAAUGGUGGCGUGCGGGCGUACUAGAGACCAAGUUGAGUUGACUGAACGAGCCCGCUCCUAUUUGGUCAUGGAUCACAGACGUGGAGGACCACUUGCAUGCAAAAAGAAAUGCACAUUUUAACAAAAAUUUCUAGCUAAGAGAUCUAGCGUUUGACACAAUUUUGGUAGCAUUUAAAAAUGGAUUUUGAAAUUUUUGUUUUCUGUCAUUUGCAUGAAAUUCUUUGUAUUAAUUAACGUACUCAACGACAUCGUAUUAGAGUGCGGUUUCGUGUAAAUUAACCUCUCUAAUGAUAAUGAUAAGCACAAUCCGUUAAGAGAAAAAAAUUAAUUUUGACGGCGAACAACUUUGAACAUGACGUGAACAGUGACCUAGUCUAGGCACUGUUUCUUUUUAACCUCUGGUAUUGCUUACCGCUGCGAACAAAAUUAGUGGAUGAAUUUUCUUUUACAUAGUACCUUUCGCUAAUAAGCUUUAAGAAUAUGUAAUGGCUCCUUGGAAAUUUGAUUUUUCUUGUUUUCCUUCUUUUUUUCAUCUUUUUAUUUUUAUAACGAAUGUCAGAUAUUAAUCAAUAUAUUACCCGUGCUUGGUUUCGUAGCUCAUAAACACAUGAUCACAACAUUUCACAGGAAAAAAUUCAAAAAUUCGGCUUUGGUGGAAGUAAGGAAAAACCAUGAAAUCUUUGUCUAAUUAGAAUGAAAUGUGUCGUAUUUAUCGGUUAUUUUUAUAUUUGUAGUAUUUCUUAUGUAACCUGCUCAUUAUUGUCUCGACAUUUACUCGCAAAAUUGAUUUCAUAUGUUCUUAAACUCACAUGGAAAAUACUAAAAAAAAAUACAAUUAUAUUAAAACCA